CUAACAACUCUACACAAAGUCUCCUCUGCUCUGCUUUUCGUCAACAUGGCGUCUUCACUGGCCUCCUCCGUAUCGUCACUCCAAUCAUCUCUUCAGCUCCUGGACAACUCUAUCACCAUUCUGGACGAAGGUGUCAACGAUUUCCCCCGCUUGUGCAAAGUCCUUCAAACAACGCGACACUUUGAGCUCCUGCCAGAACCGACCCUACGAGAAGCGCAGCAAUCUCUCCUAGAUGAAAUCACCCCCAGCAUCGCCCAUCUCCUCUCUCUCGCCUCGAACCACGUCGAGAAGCUAGCUCGACGCGAAGAAGGUCUGAAAGCCAAAUGUGAUCUCCAAGAAGGACGCCUGUCCUCAAACCCGGAGAAUCGCACCUCUGCAAAUCGAGUCCAGUCCCAGAGCGGCGCGGCAAUGCGGGGUCGUCUGGCAAGCUCGACAGGAAAUGCGGCAUCCAAGGCGGCGGAGCUACGGCGACUGGUCCAGAAAAAGGAGCGACUCAAGUAUGUUGUCGAUCGAUUAGAGCUACAAAGUACCCAGCGACAACGCCAGUUGAGGAAAAGCAUGGCUGCUCAGUGA